AUGGAGGUCUGGUUAGGCAUAGUGAAGGAGAACAAUUAUCGUGGCCACGGGGAUAGUGUGGAUCAGCUGUGCUGGCACCCCAGUAACCCCGACCUCUUUGUUACUGCCUCUGGAGACAAAACCAUCCGUAUUUGGGACGUCCGCACCACGAAGUGCAUCGCUACCGUGAACACCAAAGGAGAGAACAUUAAUAUCUGCUGGAGCCCCGAUGGCCAGACCAUUGCUGUGGGAAAUAAGGAUGAUGUGGUCACCUUCAUUGAUGCCAAAACACAUCGCUCCAAGGCUGAGGAGCAGUUUAAGUUUGAGGUGAAUGAGAUUUCCUGGAACAAUGAUAACAACAUGUUCUUCCUCACCAACGGAAACGGCUGCAUCAACAUCCUCAGCUACCCAGAGCUGAAGCCCAUCCAGUCAAUCAACGCUCACCCAUCAAACUGCAUCUGCAUCAAGUUUGACCCCAUGGGGAAGUACUUUGCCACGGGAAGUGCAGAUGCUCUGGUCAGCCUGUGGGAUGUGGAUGAGCUGGUGUGCGUGAGAUGCUUCUCCAGGCUGGACUGGCCCGUGAGAACGUUGAGUUUUAGCCACGAUGGGAAGAUGCUGGCGUCGGCGUCGGAGGAUCACUUCAUCGACAUUGCCGAGGUGGAGACAGGGGAGAAGCUGUGGGAGGUGCAGUGUGAAUCCCCCACCUUCACAGUGGCCUGGCACCCCAAGAGGCCUUUGCUGGCCUUCGCCUGUGACGACAAAGACGGCAAGUACGACAGCACUCUUCGGCCUCCCCAACGACGCGUGAUGGGCGCCCAGCAGGCCUGGGAGGGGCAGAGAGGUGGGGCUGGUCCCCAGCCCCUCUCUGCGCUGCCAUGA